CAUCUGAUGCAACAUUUCAGUAUUCAGUCGUCGAGGGGCCUCCUUCAAUCGAAAUUCCAUCAUCUUUGCUGGUUCAAUUUCCCGUAGGUUGUGUUACUUUUUUUCCACCAAGACUGAAGUUGCAUUUAUAGGUUCUAUAUUAUUUUUGACUGUGCCCGCGAUGAGAUUGACAGCGCUUUCAGUCAUUGCAAUCCUCGGCAUAUCAAGCAGUUUCGGAUUAUAGUGCAUGGAGCCUCUCGUACUUGGCAGGUACUACCUGGUUAAUAUCGCCGCAAGGCUGUGUAGUAUCGGUUUGGGGGCUUAAAAUAACCAGGGCAAUUUCAAUUUACUAAUUAAUACUUACUAUCGACUUAGUGCCUAUCAAACAUCGUACUUAAGUAAUGCUCGCAGAUGUAUCGCUCCAUUCAGAACUUGGCCCCGGGCAGGUACUACAAGGCGCAUAGAUAAUAUCCUAACAUGUCUUCCUUACUAUCGGUCUCAGACAUAACGAAGUUGCAGACGGUCAAGUACGUCAAUUUGGGCAGUCUUGCAAUCCUCGUAUUUGAUUAUUGCAUCACGUUUUCCGAAGAGGUGCGAUGGACCUGGUUCAAGCCAUGGGAUAUACCCCGUAUCAUGUUCAUCAUUUCCCGAUAUUUGCCUUUCGCAGGUGCCGGAAUGACUGCAUAUGACGCAAUACGUGUCAGUAAUCAGUGUGCCUCUACUGUGGAAGGAUAUAUCAUUCACGUCAUAUGUAUCGUUGCUGCGGAAUCCUUGCUGGUUAUUCGAACCUGGGCAUUCUGGCGAAAGAGUAAAAGGUUGCUGAUCGGGUUAUUGGUUUAUAUCGUGUUGUCAGUUGCCGGCGCUAUUGCUGCAGACCUCAUUCCUACAAUGCUGAUUCCAGGAGAGGAGCCUCCCCUAGGAACCUGUUACUUCGAGAGCACACGCAAUGCUGCGAUCGUAUACAUGUUCUUGGCGGUGUUCGACAGCGUGAUGCUGAUCCUUACUGUAUAUAAGUGGUUUCACGACUACAAAGACUUUCAGAGCGAAAUUAUAGUAACCCUAUACCACGAUGGCAUAUUUUACAUGUUGUGCAUCCUCGCCGUCACACUCGCCAAUGUUAUCUGUGAAGGUGCACUUCCAAGCGCCUAUAGCAAUCUGUUUGACACGCUACAGGUGGUCAGUCACAGCGUCCUGGCAUCACGAAUUCUAUUCCGCCUUCGACAAAGCAACGAAAGUGUCCACGAACCGUCCAUGUCAGUAACGACGUUAGACACUCAGAUAAACUAUUUACGACCUUCGUCAAUGUUGAUGAGUGGGACGGGUACUACCAGUGAAGUUUGAAGGAAUGUAGGUGUAUGCAGAACCAAAAUGAGAAGCUUCCACUCUUAUCUAAUGUACAACUCAAUUGUGAUAUUGUAGGCCAAUGAUACUGCGAGACCUGAGGGGCUGAACGAAAUGGUGAUUCUUUCCCUUGUUUCCUCCGAGCCUAGUUGUGGUGUCAAUUCUUCUCAUG